GGAAAGAUUCCCAUAUCUGGACAUUACUCAAUUUUCCCUUCAGUGAUUUAUGCCACCAUUCCUGUUUAAAACGUCCAAAAAUAUUGGAUUUAGCAGGGAAAUUUGUUACCAAAAAACUAUAGUCGGAGUCCCUUUACUUUAGUUACCAGCGAGGUUUCGAUUACGCACGGUUAGCGGAACGACGACUUUUAGUGGCUCUGACGUCAUCACUUUUUGUGCGUGCAUGCGCAGUAUGACUUUUACACUAUCGGUACAGUCUGUAAAUCGUCGUCAACACGAAUAGCAGCUCUGCUAAACAAUUGCAAUGAAGACUGCUCGAUUUUAUCCUGGCCUGGACAUUGUACUCCUGAGGGAGGCAUUGGCACUUUCAAGUGAAGACGGCCAAGGACUUUCAAAGGAAGCAUGGGAAGUAAUCCACAAGAACAUCAAUGAUGCCAUCAAGGCCAAACAUAUUUAUGUUACACUAAGGGCGUGCAGAGACAGAUACCGACAUCUUCAGGAUUGUCAUAGAAGAGCAGAAAUGAGCUCUCUUAGGGCCUCUGGUACAGAUGAGGAAUACAAUGAAAGAAUACAACUCCUAACAGAACUUGCUGACUUUGAUGAGGAAAGGAAGUUGGCACAGAUAAAAAGAAAAUCUGAAGAAGCUGAAAAAGAGAGGCAGGGUGUAAUCAUACGAGAAGUAGCGAUGAAAUCCCUAUCUGCAACGAAGACCAGGAAUGAUGACAUAACAGAAGUCCACUCAUGCGAAGGAGAGCGCUGUCAUGUCUUCGCCCCUCUACUGGGCCGUACAGAUGUGUAAUCAAUCCACAAGGUAAUACCACUGACUGGAACUUUAGGGCAUGUAUCCUUUUGUGCCCAUUAUAGCACACUCGCUGAUGAUGAGUUGGCCUACAAAUUGGGCGAACUGUCCCAUCUAUAAAUCCAAAGCAAUUCUGCAAAGGUGCCCCUUUGUCAUGAAUAACAUCCGCAUAAAUUUGUAGCUGUGCACGAUCUAGCCAUGGAUUAUCAAGGGAUAGAAAUCGAUGGUGAUGCAAAUCAUACAAAAGUUCAACGGUCUCAUUGAUAACCAGUGAAAGUGUGGAUUUUGGCCUCCCGAACAACUCCU